GAGGCCCCGCUCCGGAGGGAGGAGAGGAAGCCGCUGCGCCGGAGCUGCGAUGGGGAUUUGAACGCACCUCGCGGGCAGAAAGACAGCGCCCGCACGGCCCGGCUCAGAGCGCAGCGGGCGUGUCCCGCCUCACUUCACCCCCCCCCUUCCCUCUCCCCCCCACCCACCCCCCCCUCACACGCAACCCCCUCCGCCCCGGUUUGGACGUAACUUGAUCGGAUCCAGCCUGCUGACUGAGCGGUUGGUUGGGUGGUCGGUGGUCGGUUGUUGCUUGGAGCUGGAGGCCGGGUGCAGGACAGCGUCUGCCCGGGCUCUCGCGUCCGGUGGCGGAGAGUCACCGUCGGUCGGUCGGUCGGUCGUUUCCCGCUGGAGAUCGGAGCUCGCAGGGACCUGCUGGUGCGGCUCUCUGGGGUUUUUGUGCGUUUCCUUUCCGGGGCUUGACUCCGUUGCACACGGGAUUAACCGAUUGACGCUCCGGUACCCCGGGGGUUGGAUGUGUGUUUUGCCCCGCAGAAGUCCCCUGGAGUCUGGGCGGAGAGACGGGUUCGAUGGCGCAACGGUAUGAAGACUUGGCCCACUACGGGCUGGAGGGCGUGGGGGGCGGGGUCUAUGGAGACCCGCACCACCACCACCACCACCACCACGCCGCCCGCUCUCUGCAGGCCGUGCACAUGGCCGCCGCCGCCGCCGCCGCCGGUGCCGGUGGGGGUGGUGGAGGUGGUGCGUACCCUCUGCACCAGUACGCCCAGUCCACCCACACCAGCAGCAGCAUGGGCGCCACAGCCGGGGACGCCGUCAAGAGGGACAAAGACGCCAUUUAUGGACAUCCUUUAUUCCCUUUGCUCGCACUGAUUUUCGAAAAAUGUGAAUUGGCGACCUGCACGCCGAGAGAGAGCGGCGUGGCCGGAGGCGACGUCUGCUCCUCGGACUCCUUCAACGAGGACAUCGCCGUCUUCUCCAAACAGAUCCGAUCAGAAAGGCCUUUAUUCUCAUCAAAUCCAGAGCUGGAUAAUUUGAUGGUACAGUCCAUACAAGUGCUGCGCUUCCACCUCCUGGAGCUGGAGAAGGUCCACGAGCUCUGUGACAACUUCUGUCACCGGUACAUCAGCUGCCUGAAAGGGAAAAUGCCGAUCGAUCUGGUGAUUGACGACAGGGACGGAAACAGGUCGGACAGCGAGGACUUCAUCCGGUCCUCCGGGAACAACGCGGACCAGAUUUCGUGGAGCAGAGAUCACGACGACGUGGCAUCCGUCCGGUCGGCCGGGACGCCGGGGCCGUCCAGCGGGGGACACACGUCCUACAGCGGAGACAACAGCAGCGAACAAGGCGACUGCAUGGAUAACGGCGUGGCUUCGCCCAGCACCGGGGACGACGACGACCCCGACAGGGACAAACUGCACAACAAAAAGAGAGGCAUCUUCCCCAAAGUGGCCACCAACAUCCUGAGAGCCUGGCUCUUCCAACACCUGACGCACCCGUACCCGUCGGAGGAGCAGAAGAAGCAGCUGGCUCAGGACACCGGCCUCACCAUCCUGCAGGUCAACAACUGGUUCAUCAACGCGAGGCGGCGCAUCGUUCAGCCCAUGAUCGACCAGUCCAACCGAGCAGUGGGCCACGCAGGACCGUACGGCCCAGAUGGUCAGCCAAUGGGAGGCUUCGUUAUGGACGGACAGACACACAUGGGAAUCCGACCACCUGGUCCUGCAGGGCCUGCAGGUGGCGUUGGGAUGGAGGGACAGUGGCACUACAUGUAGCACCGCCACCAGCACGCUGCAGCCAGAGGACACGCCCAGUGUCCCGGGACGCCCCCCGACUCUGCAGAGCUCCUCGGCCUCGGAUCGGGACCCCGUCCUCCCCCUAAGCCCCUCCCCCUCUGGGCAUCUACCUGGUCUCUCAAAGGAAAACACCUAAAGGCCACCGGAGACGUCGGCGAGACAAAGACCGCGUGGGGACGGACGGAGGUCCGCAGGGCGUCCUCCGUGGUGACGCUGUGGGAGGAGGAGUUUCUUCGCCUGAAUUUGGAUUUCAUCGCCAGCGGCGAGCCUUCUCCCCGCCGGGCCGCGGCUGCAGGAACCUCGGGUGGACAUCUUGACACCAGCGGAACCCCCCCCUCCCCCCCAACCCCAUCGCCCCGUUUUCCUCUCCGGCAGUUGAACUCAAAGCCGAAGAGGCCGGAGCUCUGAAAAAGAUGGACGGCAGAGGUCACGUGACCGAGGACUCUCCGGAGACGAGCGCCGCCGCCUUCUUCACUUCUUUUUCUUUCUUUUUUUUUGUUGCAUAAAAUACCGUUUUUAAAGGAAAGGACUGAACUGCGUCACGUUUCACACUGUGUGUGUUUCUCUCUUCUUCUUCACAGACUUUCUAUCUUCCUUUGAGUAAAAAAAAAAAAAA